ACCAUUUGAUGCUUGAAAAAAAGUGAAAUGAAUGAAGGAAAAGGAAGGAAUUUGUUGAAGAAAUAGAAAAGAAGUCGCUAAUUUAUGCGCGACGGCGUCUUUAUUUUGAGAUUCAAUUGCUUAACUUUUGGUGAGUGUUGUGAAACAUUAAACGGCGUCCUUGGAUUACAGUUCAAUAAGCGUACAGUCGGUACCAACAAGAAAAAAAUUUGUGCAUCUUUUAAUACAAGGAAGUCUAGAAAAACCAUCAUAAUGGGUGACCAGCAAUUCUUCCUCAAAUGGAACGACUUCCAGACGAAUAUGGUGACGUCUUUUAGGCAUUUGAGAGAUGAAAAGAGCUUCACAGACGUGACUCUUGCUUGUGAAGGGCAGACGUGUAAAGCACACAAAAUGGUCCUCUCUGCAUGUAGUCCUUACUUCAAAAGCUUAUUAGAGGAGAACCCAUCGAAGCACCCGAUAAUAAUCCUUAAGGAUGUGUCGUACCUGCACCUGCAGGCGAUCCUGGAGUUCAUGUACGCGGGCGAGGUCAACGUGUCGCAGGAGCAGCUGCCCGCCUUCCUCAAGACGGCCGCUCGUCUCAAGGUGAAAGGCCUAGCUGAACCGCCGCCACAGAUGCCGAGCAUCAAGCGAGAAGGCUAACACAGUGCAAGUGUUCUAAAGACUAUAGUGAACUUAAACACCAAUGUAACAUACCAAUAAUGCGCACUUCCUCACACACAUUCUAAUCGUUUGUGCUUAUUUUUUAAAAGGAUCUCCGUAUACAAUCAAUUUUUUAGGGCGAUUGAUCAAUGUUUUUUUUUUUGUUUAUUUUCGGGGUGUCAGUUUUGAAUGAGCGAUUGAUCAAUCUUUCAAGUUGAGUGUUUAUGACAGUACCAACAAGAUUUAACAGUAAAAUAUUCAAGUGGUUGCAUAAUUUUAUCUUCAACUUCUUUUGUCGAGUUUCAAAAAAAUUAAACAGGUUAAUAGCGGGCCCGGCACUGUGGGUUUCCCUGUAUCGCAGUUGCAAGGUUUACUUUAAAGUUAAUGAUUUUUAGUUUUUUUUUUUAAUUUUUUUUAGUUGAUAAAUUGAUCGUGUACUGGAGUUCUAAAUGACAAUAGUAACAACAAAUAUACUCUGAAUCUCUGCUGUUUCAAUGCACGCCGUAGUUCUUUGGUAAGUUUUACUAAGAAUCCAUUCCUUUGUCAAUUCGCAUAAUUUUACCAUUAAACUUUUAUAUUACUAGCUUUUUCAUCCGCGAACAUGCAAGCCGUUUUUUUACUAAAAAGUUAGGUUAUAAGUUUUCCAAAAUAGACUUUUAAGAUAUUUUUUUGCAGAUUCUAAUUUUAAGCUUAAUGCAUUUUCAGUUUGGAUUUUCUGCCCCAUUGAUGUGGUAGCAUUCCCCUUUGCCCUCGGCGAGUUACCUAACAACCAAAGUGCGUAGUUUUAACCUGAUACCUAGGAUGCCGUGCUAACAUGUCAAUGAUCAAUAUAGGUCUAUCCGCCACCGUUGCCUUAUUUACAGAUGUCUAAUCUAGGCAGAAUUGAUAAGAAAAUGGCUAGCUUGACAAACUUUGCUAAAUUUGAAAUGUCCCAAAAUAUAAACAAAACUACAAUACCACAAUCAUCAUUCAGGCAGAAUCAUCGUUCAGUAACGAUGCAGCCAUAAACAACAAGAAUGAAUGAAUGAAUACCACGAAAACGCUAUUUUGAAAUAUCACAUUCGGUCAUGUGAUUACAAAAUCUCGCUUGUCUAUGCAAGCUAGUUUCAAUGUGUAGUCUCAAUUUUUACCCGGAUUGAUAUCAAUUGAAGGGAAUCGGGGUUCAGUUGAAAAACAUCGUGUGAUUUAUCAAAAGGGAGCUUAAGUGGUUUUCACUAUAAGGCAAUAUGUAUGUUUCUCAGAUAUAUAUCUAAUUUCAAUGCUACAGCUCUUAAGUCCACUUUAUUAAUCAUCAUUUCGAGUAUUUGUCAACCUAGCCAUACGUUUAUCGCUAAUUGUCGAACUUUGUAAUGCAGAGCCUAUGUCGAUUUUAAAGGCUAUGGUGCAAUAAGCCUGGGUGGUUAAAAAGGCCGCAUUAAAGCAAUUCGUGUAAAAAGCAAUAUUGCUUCAAUAGGCGACAUUGAUUCAUUAACUCAGUAGGUUUUUGAACAAUGUACCUGAUUGAAAUUGAAUUUUAUUACCACCAAAAUUGUGACUUCGCCAUACUUUAAGUUGACAUGCAGCUCUGUAUGAUAAUAUAGCGUGGAACAGCUUUCAUAUUAGUGUUGUUAGGUGUUCGAUAUUAUUUCCAAUGUAUAGUAAUAUGUAACAGUAUACUUAUGAAUACAUAGGUACGUAGUCUAUUGAUCGCAGAGGUAACAAAUAUAUAUUUGAAGAGUAUGACAUGAUAUUAUAAUAUAUAUUGAUAUAUAUGGGGUUGUCAGAGUUAGAAAUAUAAUAUGUACCUAUAGAAUAUUUGCGACUUGUACUUUUGUAUAUUUUUUUUUUGACUUAUAUCUAUGAGAAAGAUAUAACUCGACAAAAACGUAUUUACUUUGCACAAAGUAAUGAUUUACUUUCCGGUUCAUUUGUUUUUAAAAUCUUUUUUUUUUUUGUACGUAGAUGCGGGUCUAAAAAGGCCAUAUUGAUGCGAUUAAUUUUAAAAAGCAAUAUUACAAUAUGACAUUUGCGCAUAUAAAAGACAGUGCGCAAUGUCAACAAAUAUCAAAUAGCAAUAUUGCUUUAGCCCCCUGAUAUGUUCAUUUAUUAAUAUUUUCCCAUAAUUAUUUAUAUCUAUUUACAUCGUAUCGUAGCUUGCAAAAUAUGGACCACGUUGCUAAAUAUUACUUUCUAUUCUACAAUAAUAAUGUGAAUGUUUUAACAACUAUUGUAACUUAGUUUUAUUUUAUUUUUUAUAUAUUUGCUUAUCUUUUAUAUAUUUACAUUAUGUAUAAUUACGUACUCGUUUCGAAUGAUUGACUACCUGUAUUCUUUUAACUAAAAAUGCAAUUCAGUACAAACAUUAAUGUUUCUUUUGUAACUUUUACUUAUUUUAAUAUAUUAUAUAUAUUCUGGUUCGAUUAGGUGCAAUGUUCGUUUUUCCAUCUUGACUUAUUUACAUCACAAGGUGUUCUAAUUAUGUAGAAGAAAAAUAAUUUUGCCUUCUAAUAUACACGUACUAAAACGUAAGAGUUAAUCAUUCGUCAUCUUUAAAAUAAGAAGCAAUAAUUUAAAACACGCUGUCUAUUUUAUUAGUUUUAAGGAUUUCAAACCUUUGUUUUCUUUUUAUUUUUUAAGAAUUCAGCACGUCUUGAGAAUUACUAUUCUUUUUUGCUUUUUUCACUCGUUUUUACCCUUAAAAACCCUAAUAUUAUUUAGGGGUUCGUUGAAAAUUCACAGUAGGAAAACAUAACCCUUUCCUUUUUGCUAUAGUCGGGUAACAAUGACCUGGCAGCAUUAUAUUGCCUUCUACAGAAUGAACAAUGCAAGAAGAACCAGCAA